AUGGUAACCCAGAGCCCCCAGCAGCUGGAGGACGUCCUGGACUUCAUCAAGAGCACCAUCAGUAGACUGAGGAGAUCAGACGAGCAGGGCACAGACUUAGCACUGGCGGAGAAGCGGCCGAGGAGGGCACAGCCGGGAGGGAGGAGGGGGCAGAGCAGGGGCUCCUGGGCGUCAGGUCAGGGAGGUGGCAGCGGCGGCAGGCGGCGAGGGAAGGGGAGCAGCGGCCAGGCUCACGGCUGUAAGCUGAGGCAGAUCCAGCUGAACGUGUCCGACCUGGGCCUGGGCUACCAGACCAGAGAGGAGAUGAUCUUCAGGUACUGCAGCGGGCCCUGCACCAACUCCGAGACCAACUACGACAAAAUCCUCAACAACCUCACGCAAAACAGGAAGCUGCUGCGGGACAGCCCGCCUCACGCCUGCUGCCGUCCGAUUUCAUUUGACGACGACCUGUCAUUUCUGGAUGAUAACUUGAUAUACCACACCAUGAAGAAGCACUCAGCCAGAAAGUGUGGCUGUGUCUGA